AUGUUUGGUUUCAACUCCUUUUCGGACUUCUCUGCUGGAAGGACAUUUAAAGCAACAUAUAAAUGUUACAGUGCCAGUAUACUUGGAAACAGGGAGGAUGUGGAGAGAGGAGGGAAAAUUAUCAUGCCUCCAUCUGCACUGGACCAGUUGACACGACUGAACAUCCAGUAUCCAAUGUUGUUUAGAUUAACCAACAGAAAAACAAACAAGGAAACACACUGUGGAGUUUUAGAGUUUGUUGCAGAUGAAGGUCGUGCAUUUCUUCCUUACUGGAUGAUGCGCAACUUGUGUUUGGAGCAAGGAGACCUGCUGCAGGUGGAUAAUGUCUCACUUGCUGUGGCUACGUACGCCAAAUUCCAACCACAGAGUGUGGAUUUUCUGGAUAUUACCAACCCUAAAGCUGUACUGGAGAAUGCUUUAAGGAGUUUUGCCUGUCUCACACAGGGAGAUGUUGUAGCAAUCAAGUAUAACGAUAAGGAGUAUGAACUGUGUGUUUUGGAAAAUAAACCAGGACGAGCCGUUUCUAUCAUUGAAUGUGAUAUGAUGGUGGAUUUUGCAUCUCCGGUAGGUUACAGAGAACCAGAGAGAUGCCCUGUAGGAAGUAGACACAUGGAUAGUGCU